UGGCAGGAUAUAAAAAAAAAAAAUGACAAAAUCUAUCAAAGAGCUGUCUGAAGCUAUGGAAAACCUAGUACUGACAAAAACCGAUCUAUUUGAGGUUUCAUUGAAGCAAACAGUCUACUCGAAAUGGUCAUUGUCCUCACACAUAAAAUCUUGGAAGGUGAACAGAAAUCUUGUACUUCCCCGUCAGUGUAUAGAUAAUUGUUGGGCUGUGUCUUUGUAUAGACAGUGGCACAUAUUGAGACAAUUAAAAGGAUUGUCAACAUCGAAGUUAACUGUUGAUAAAAUCGUGGAAGGAGUUCCGCUCCGUUAUCGAAAUAGUGAAGGCGGAUUAAAAGCCAAUUGUUUACAUCAUGCCAUCGACUUUCUGAAAAAUGGAGGAUAUGUGGAUGAAGUAUUUAUUCAUAAGCCCCACGGAGAUUCUGAAGAGAAGAAUUUCGAGAAACAUCUUGAGAGUCUAUUGUUAGAUGGACCAUUGUCAGUGAUUAUUGAUAGUUAUCCAAGUUACUCCAAGGUCCAGGGAAAUGUAAGUUACUAA